AUGACAAAUAGCCAAUACACACACCUCAUAAUUGUUCCGGGUCAUGGUAUCUGGAAGGGUUCUAAUGAUGGAUACAAGACAGAAGAUUGGUGGUUAGAGUCAUUUCAAGUGGAGGGCCAUGAUCAUUUGUUAUUCAUUGAUCAUAUCAAAAUUGGUUUACAAGAACUAAGAAAGGAUCCUUGUGCAAUCUUAUUAUUCAGUGGAGGUCAAACAAAGAAACAGGCAGGCCCGGUAUCUGAAGCUCAAAGCUAUUAUGCAUUGGCUGAUAAAUUAGGUUUAAUUGAUGAUGACUUAAGAGAUAGAGUUUCAACUGAAGAAUUCGCAAGGGACUCAUUUGAAAAUGUACUAUUUGGUCUUGCAAGGUUCCAUGAACUAGCUGAAAGAUAUCCUGAACAAAUUACAAUCCCUGGCUUUGAAUUUAAAAGAUCAAGAUUCUUAGAUCAUCAUUUCCCUGCUUUAAAUUUUCCUGUUGAGAAAGUUAACUACAUGGGUUCAGAUCCAAGACCUGAUUACGAGAAAGGUUCAUCUGAAUAUAAAAAAUAUUUCAGUGAUCUAGCUAACGCAGAGCAUAAGAACGCAUUGGCUUUAUUUGAGCAAGAUCCAUUCGGUACAGGUGCUGUGUUGUCAAAGAAAAGAAAGAACAGAAAUCCUUUUAAAAGAUAUCACGGAUAUCUGCAAAGUAAUGAAGUCUUGAAGCCUUUCUUCACUGAAAGUCCUACAAAAGUUUUGAAAACUCCAUGGUGA